AUGAGAUUGGGGUGCAGACACCGACCAACGGAGAACCUGGAACAAGCAGGCGGUCGAGCCGACGGACUCAACUCUCUCAGUAGUAGGACUCAGGAGAGGGACGGUGUGGUGGUGCAGCGUGGGCGGCGAUCAGGUCCCACCGAGAUCCCAGGUGACCUAAAUGACGUUAUCGGGAUUUCGGAUGGUGCUCGGUGUAAGACUUCCUUGGAGAGACGUUGGGAAAGGGAGGACCUUCUGACUCCUGAGGGGUCACGACUCGUGAGAGGUUCGAGAAAUCUCCCCAAGCUUGCUCCGAAAGUCGGCAUGAAGGUCGCCAACUAUCCGAGAAUGAGCGAAAAGAGUCAGUUUUCAGAGCAUCCAGAGUGGAAUGGCAAAGAAGGCAUCAUGGCAAGCAUGGAUCUGCUUGUUGGUCGGGAACAGAUAGCCACCAAACGUGACACCAACCCCUCGGUGGCUUUACGUACGAGACAGAUGCUAUUCUACAGGAAGAACUGGCCAAGGAGAGAAUGCUCCAUAAUUCGUAGUCUCCAGUUUGAAAGGUGUUUUUGGGAUGAUGUUGGCUCCAACUGCUGGGCGUAUCUGCAACCGUCGUGCGAAGCUGGCGGUAUGAUUUCGACAUGCUCCGAGAAAUGA